AUGUCCGCCUUCGCGCCCGAGAGUUCGGAUAACGAUUACUCGUACGCCGAGGUCGACCCCGCGGAAACAUCCACCCCUCCAAUUCCCCAAUCAAUGAGCGACGCAGACGCCUCUCACGGCCGGGGCCACUCGAAUAAUCCCCUCUUGGGAUCAGAUAACCCCCUCGUUUCAGAUUUGGAGCAAGAAGUGCUGGAAGAAUACGCUCGAUUGCUGCGGAAUGUCAACCAGCUCUCCGAUAAACUCGCUGACCUCGCCGGUGACCCCGCCUCCAUGCCACUCGAUGGUCUCCGUCUCCUUGAGCGCAAGACUGCGACUGUAUGCACCCUGCUCAAGGCCAGUGUGUAUAGCAUUGUCUUGCAGCAGCAGAUCUGGAACGAAAAUGAAGAGCAACAGCAACAACAUCAGAACGAGGAGCGGCGUUUCCAAGACCAUGAAUAUCAGCAUGGCGGAGGAUAUGAGGGAGACGUGACGUUUCAAUAA